AUGGCCGACGUCCCGAGGCAAAAGUCCACUAAGGACUUCUUCACCGACUUCAUGAUGGGCGGUGUUUCUGCCGCCGUCGCUAAAACCUCUGCUGCGCCCAUUGAGCGUAUCAAGCUCUUGGUUCAGAACCAGGACGAGAUGAUCAAGCAGGGCCGUCUCUCUGAGCCGUACAAGGGUAUCAGCGACUGCUUUGCCCGCACGUACCGUGACGAGGGUCUUCUCUCGCUUUGGCGUGGAAACACCGCCAACGUCAUCCGUUACUUCCCGACGCAGGCCUUGAACUUUGCCUUCAAGGACUACUUCAAGUCCCUCUUCGGUUUCAAGAAGAACGACGGCUACUGGAAGUGGUUCGGCGGUAACCUUGCAUCUGGUGGUGCCGCUGGUGCGACGUCGCUGCUCUUCGUGUACUCGCUCGACUACGCCCGUACUCGUCUUGCCAAUGACGCCAAGUCGGCGAAGGGUGGAGGUGCCCGCCAGUUCAACGGCCUGGUGGACGUUUACAAGAAGACACUUGCGUCGGACGGUAUCUCUGGUCUCUACCGUGGCUUCUUGCCCUCGGUCGUCGGCAUCAUCGUCUACCGUGGUCUCUACUUCGGUGUCUACGACUCUCUCAAGCCCGUCGUCCUUGUUGGCCCGCUUGAGGGCAACUUCCUUGCGUCCUUCGCUCUCGGUUGGGGUGUCACGACCGGUGCUGGUCUCGCCUCGUACCCCCUGGACACCAUCCGUCGUCGCAUGAUGAUGACGUCUGGUUCCACCACCCACUACAAGUCCAUGUUCGACGCCGGUUCGCAGAUUGUCGCGAAGGAGGGUGUCAAGUCGCUCUUCAAGGGUGCCGGCGCGAACAUCCUUCGUGGUGUUGCCGGUGCUGGUGUCUUGUCGCUCUAUGACAAGAUGCAGGAGCUCAUGUUCGGCAAGGUCUACAAGGGUGGCUCUGGCUAA